CUGAAGAUGAAUGUGAAGUUCCUGACAUCAUCACAGCUGAUCUCUCUGCAAACACUGCCUGAGGCCAGAACAGCUUCACCUGCUUGAUGGGCCGGUUUCUCCUGAGGCCACCAAACAAAACAAACUCCACCCCCCUGAAUGUCUCCUUAAUGAUCCUUCUUGUGUAUCGAUCACAGACUGUCACCUCACCUCCCUGUCCUUACAGAGGAACAGAGUCAUUCCAGAGUCCUUAAAGAGGAACAGGCGUGGACUCGGAUCAGGCGUGGACUCGGAACACAAAGACUCUCUGACGCUUUUCAAUCGCUGUGAAUUGAAACCGAAAAAAACACGACGCACGCCCAUAGACUGUGUAACGCACGCGCACGCGCACGCCCGACCUACCUGGAGGAGGAGAGACGGGGAAGUUCUGACGUCACACGGCCUUUGUCGCCUCCACAUCACCUGAUGCCUUCAGAAUGCUUGUGUUCCUGCAUCGCCCACACGAUCAUCAUGACAAAGGCUUGAAUGAAAGGAGCUUAUAAAUAACAAAGAGUUGAGUUGAGAGUUGAUGGUCAUAUUUCCGAGUGUACGUGAACGCCUCCAGAGCCACAGCAGGUUUCGUUGAGGGGGAAGAGCAGUGUUGUCGUUAUCAACAUCCCUCACUGAAGGAUCCACUCGGGUUAUUUCUCACAGGAGCCUUUUUAAUGAUCCACGCGUGUGCGUAAUUCCAUCCAGAGAACCAGUGCGCGUAAAAAACAGGAAGAAUGCUCCAGUCUCUCGCCAGUAACUCGUGUGUGCGGCUGAUCCAGAGUCACAAAUCGACGUGGUAUUUCGCAUCUCUAGUCUUGGGGUACAUCCUUUAUCUCAUCUUCGGGGCUGUGGUGUUCUCCUCGGUGGAACUGCCCUAUGAGGACCAGCUUCGUCAGGAGCUGAGGGCCAUAAAGAAACAGUUCCUCCAGGAGAACGAGUGCCUGUCCGAGGAGCGUCUGGAGAGGUUUCUGAAGAAAGCCCUGGAGGCCAGUAAUUAUGGGGUUUCCAUCCUCAAUAACGCCUCAGCCAACUGGAACUGGGACUUCACCUCUGCGCUGUUCUUCGCCAGCACGGUGCUGUCCACUACAGGAUACGGUCACACGGCGCCGCUCUCUGACGGUGGAAAAGCCUUCUGCAUCGUCUACUCAGUGAUCGGCAUCCCCUUCACCCUCCUCUUCCUCACGGCCGUGGUGCAGAGGAUCAUGGUGUACAGCACGCGGAGGCCCGUCAUGUACUUCCAUCAGCAGUGGGGCAUUUCAAAGCCCCUGGUGGCCAUCGUCCACGCCUCUCUGCUCGCCAUGCUGGCCGUCUCCUGCUUCUUCCUCAUCCCCGCCGCCAUCUUCUCAGCGCUGGAGGAUAACUGGAACUUCCUGGAGUCUUUCUACUUCUGCUUCAUCUCCCUGAGCACCAUCGGCCUGGGAGACUACGUACCUGGAGAGUCCGUCAAUCAGAGGUUCAGGGAGCUCUACAAAGUGGCCAUCACUGUCUACCUGAUCCUGGGUCUCAUCGUCAUGCUGGUGGUGCUGGAGACCUUCUGUGAGCUGCAGCAGCUGAAGCAACUCCGGAAGAUGUUCUACCUGAAGAAGGAGAAGCCUCAGGACCGCCUGGCCAUCCUGGAGCACGAUCACCUGUCCUUCACCACCGUGUCCAAAAGAGCCUCGGCCCAGAGCGAGGACAAAAUCCAGUCGUUCGUCGGCGUCCCAACUCUGGUGACUCCCAACGAUGAUCCCAUGAUACAGUAGAGAAACACAUCUGCAAUGAAUGAUGACAAAACAACAAGAGAGGGGUUUAAUGCACAUGAGACUAGAGAUGACAAGCUGCAGGCUUUCUGCAAACAAACACAGUUAGACUAGUUCAGAACAAGCAAACAAUCUGCUUCACCAAAACACAACAUAGAGCUCCUCAGCAGAGAUUAGAUUCAUGUGCAUUAUAAUCAGCAGAGAUCAGAUUCAUGUGCAUUAUAAUCAGCAGAGAUCAGAUUCAUGUGCAUUAUAAUCAGCAGAGAUCAGAUUCAUGUGCAUUAUAAGGGAACAAAACCAUAUUUAACAAAGCAAGGGAAGAUGCUGUAUUUAUGACUCUCAGGAGCCAGGCUCCUGAAGGAGCUGUGUUAUUUAUUCUGUAGGAACAAUUUAAAGAGUGGUCUCUUAAAUCUAACUGACAUAGAAAUAGGACAAUUCACCGUCGUGUCUCUGAAAAUAUUACAUCAGGAUGUAUUUAGAGGUAGAAAUGCUUGAUACGAUGUGGAAUGUACAUAAGCCAGGUCGAUGUUUAAAGAUGUACAGUGUAGUGACGUGUAGAAUCAAAACAUCUGUUCAAAAUGAGUCAACAUCAAACAUCAACACACACAAAGAGACUCCAGAUAUUCAGUCCAUCUCGUGAACAUUGAACGGACAACACGCAGUGUAUCCUGAGAGUAUGGCGGCUUCAGUGUUUAGAAACGCAGCGCUGCGUCUCAGAGAGUAGUUUAGACUCAGUGUGUGUUUGGAGCAUCAAGAACUGUUCUGGUUGAACUCCACGUCGUCACAUUUCAUUGUGAGGAAAAAUACGUGUCUGCAGAUGUGAAUGUUUCCUCAACAUGUCACUAUUCCAGAGUGGUUCAUGCGUGAUGAUCGUGAGUGUGAAGUGGACUGUGUGAAAAGCAGAAGUGAGGUUAGCCUUACUUGAAAAAAGGGAACCACAGAGAGCCUCACUGCCCUGUUUCAUUUCACAGUCCACACCAAGAGCUCAGUUUGCACAUGUGCUGUACAUGCACACAUGUCCACAUGUAUACAUGCACACAUGUACACAUGUACACAUGUACACAUGUACACAUGUACACAUGUACACAUGUAUACAUGCACACAUGUACACAUGUACUCAUGUAUACAUGCACACAUGUACACAUGUACACAUGUACUCAUGUACUCAUGUACACAUGUACACAUGUACACAUGCACACAUGUACACAUGUACACAUGUACACAUGCACACAUGUACACAUGUACACAUGUACACAUGCACACAUGUACACAUGUACACAUGUACACAUGUACUCAUGUACACAUGUACACAUGUACACAUGCACACAUGUACACAUGUACACAUGUACACAUGCACACAUGUACACAUGUACACAUGUACACAUGCACACAUGUACACAUGUACACAUGCACACAUGUACACAUGUACACAUGCACACAUGUACACAUACACACAUACACACAUACACACAUGUACACAUGUACACAUGUACACAUACACACAUGUACACAUGUACACAUGUACACAUGCACACAUGCACACAUGUACUCAUGUAUACAUGCACACAUGUACACAUGUACACAUGCACACAUGUACACAUGUACACAUGCACACAUGUACACAUGCACACAUGUACACAUGCACACAUGUACACAUGCACACAUGCACACAUGUACACAUGUACACAUGCACAUAUGUACUGAAGGCUGACAGGCGCACAGGACCAACACGUUUCAUCCAUUGAAACAGAAGAUAUUUUAGUACGUUGCUUUUAUUCUGGCUGAUCUGGAAAGUCUUGAUAAUUGCGUUGAGCGAGACGCUGAACAGAAAUUUGUAUUAAUUGAAUGUAGAAAUGUAUAUUUUUCAAAAAGUGAUGAGGGAGUUUUGUUAGUGAAAAAUGAAGUCAAAGUAGUUCUAGAGAAACGGAACCUUUAACUGAACCGACCCGUCUAUCAUAUCCGUUUUUAAACUGCUCAUCACCCAGGAUCCUCACCGGGAAGAGAAACCAGUUCUCUACCUUCAUGUUUAUAUGACAGUAACAUUGCACUCCUCUGUGUAUUACAGAUUUAUAUCAGAAUGAAAGAUGUUCAGUUUGUCCGUCCUCCUCUCCUCGCCGCCCGCUCACAGUGUAGCCACUGCUCAUGCAGACUUUCUGUUCUUGUACUUUUUGGUAUAUUUUAAAUAAGGCGUGCAUUUUAACCCUUUCUCCUCCUCUUUACCGAGCUGAAUGACUCACCUUAUUUACCUGUGCUUCAUCAACACACACAGCCUCAGACUUUCUGAAGUCUUGAAUGUAAAGUGGUGAGCUUUGGUGAAGUGUUCAUACUGCUUAGCUUUGAUUGUGUCGUCAUCUAAGUCAGGGGUUCCCAAAGUGUGGGUCGCAAGACACAAAGUGUGGGUCGUGACCUUUCUUCCAGAUUGUUUUUUUUUUUUAAAGUUAUCUAGAAAUAUUAAAUUUUACCCUUUACAGUAAAGAAUCUCGACAACAUUAGAAGCUAACCUUGAAAUAAACCCUUGUAAAUAUAAAGUGUAAUGAGUUUUCUGCCUUUCUUUGUUUCCAGAUGUCUCCUAAGUUUAGAGUUAGUGAACAGUUAAUGAUCUAAAGCAUCAGUAGCAGCAGGUUCAUUCAGAACACACAGGAAACACAGACACAUGCUCAUAUAGGGAGGGUCACUUUCUGCAGACCAGCUAAAUGAAGACACCUUAAAUCACUUAGAGGGACAGUGGGGGUCACAAGUCUUUGGAACCUUUUAUUUUGGGUCGUGGGCUGAAAAGUUUGGGAACCCCUGAUCUCAGUCACUCAUCAGUUGAUCAUGUUACAUGUUAAACAUCUGUAGGAUUUGAUGUUUCCUGAACAGUGUAGGUCUUUAUUUAAACUGUGAAGCAUCAACACUGUUCAGAUUAUCCACUGAGAUAAAAAAGGACUUGAAUUUUCACAGGUUGUGAUUUCUCUUUAAAGGUUUCCCUGUUUUUAGACGGCUUGGUGUCGACGCUUUAACCCUUCAGUGUUUGACUUGAAAUUGAAAUCUGUCAUGUUAUGUAAAGUUCUGUUCAGGGAGUGAAAACUGUGUGAAGAACAAGAAACAGAAGCACACUGACGUUAUUUAUUUAUGCUGACACGGUUAGAAUUACAAAUCUUUCUGUACAUAGGUCUUCAGUUGAUGUUUGAGUAUUUAAGUGUUACAUGUUUGAACAGCUGUGUCAUGAAGCAUCAAGGCUGUAUUUUAAUUUGAUCUCAUCACAAGAAGGGAAUCCAUGAGCUGUAAAAUAUCCAUGUGUCUUAAAUAAAGUGCUGGUUCAUUAUUACCUGA